AUGUCCUCAGGUAGCGUCUCCUCAGGUAGCUUCUCCUCAGGUAACGUCUCCUCAGGUAGCGUCUCCUCAGGUAAUGUCUCCUCAGGUAGCGUCUCCUCAGGUAGCGUCUCCUCAGGUAGCGUCUCCUCAGGCAAUGUCUCCUCAGAUAGCGUCUCCUCAGGUAAUGUCUCCUCAGAUAGCGUCUCCUCAGGUAGCGUCUCCUCAGGUAGCGUCUCCUCAGGUGCAUGA